GACUUCCUGUCGUACGCAUUUACGUGAUGACGUAGGUGCGUGGCGAUUACAGCUGCAUUGUUGUGGGGGAAGAGAAUCCCUAGCUGCCGCUGACCUGUGUCACUUCCUACUGAUAUUUCGUUGUCCAAACGGUCAGUAGUUGUUCCCAUAUAUACGUAGAACCACAGGAACAAUCUCUGUCGCCCUGGAUACCAGUCGGUCACUUUUACUCGGUUCAGCUAGAGCCGCGACCGCCGUUGGAUGGAACGGCCUGACUGUGGGUUUCACUGCCGCUGCUAUCUACAGGCCGCGUCGCCAUUGCUACCGUUUCUAUAAACUCAGCUCGUGAAAACACAGAGGUACCCUGUAGUGGGGGUGUAUACUAGACAAUCCUUGAAGAAAACCUGUUAGAGGCAGCAAAAGACUCGAUACUGGGAAUCCUGAUAUCUUCAUCAUGAAGAAAAAAUGUAAAAAUCGCCGCCCCACCAUGAUAAAGAGGGAGUCUUCUCCUAUCAAGCCCUCCCCCAACAGAGAGACUCUCACAUACGCACAAGCUCAGCGAAUGGUUGAACUGGAAGUGGAUGGCCGAGUGCACCGGCUCAGCAUCUACGACAAGCUGGAUGUCAUUGCCGACGACGACCCUACGGCUCAGGAGAUCCUGGAGUGCAAUAGCAACAAAGAAAACAACGAGAAGCCCCAGCAGGUUCUGGUUCGCUCUGUACGCCUCAAAAUGAACCAGCAGAAGAAGAGUGGUGCUCUGACUGCUUCACAUGGCAGCAGCUUGGGCGGCCUCCUGGAACCAAAGGUCAGGAUGGUGGAGUAUAAUCUCCCAGUGGUGCCAAAAAGGCCGGCCAUGUAUUACAAAUACUCUGAGAGGACGACCGAGGAGUUGGAUGAGGAGGUGGAGUACGACAUGGACGAGGAGGACUACGCCUGGCUCGAGAUCAUUAACGAGAAGAGGAAGAGUGAGGGCAUUGGCCAGGUGUCACACAAUCUCUUUGAGUUCCUCAUGGACCGCUUUGAGAAAGAGUCGUACUUGGCUACACAGGGCCAGAGUGACCUGCAGACGCUGGUGGAUGAAGAUGCUGUUUGCUGCAUCUGCAUGGAUGGAGACGGAGCUGAUAGCAACGUCAUUCUCUUUUGUGACUCGUGCAACAUCGCCGUGCAUCAGGAGUGUUACGGUGUGCCGUACAUCCCAGAGGGUCAGUGGCUGUGCCGUCAUUGCCUACAGUGUCCGUCACGGCCGGCCGAGUGCCUCUUUUGCCCAAAUCGUGGAGGAGCUCUGAAAAAGACAGAUGAUGAUCGCUGGGGCCACGUGGUUUGUGCCAUGUGGGUCCCCGAGGUUGGCUUCUCUGAUACAGUUUUCAUCGAGCCCAUUGAUGGCGUCCGCAACAUCCCCCCCGCCCGCUGGAAACUCACAUGCUACCUGUGCAAAGCCAAGGGCGCUGGGGCCUGCAUCCAAUGUGACAAGAUCAAUUGUUACACCGCCUUCCAUGUCAGCUGCGCCCAGAAGGCGGGCCUCUACAUGAGGAUGGAGCCCGUCAAAGAGCUGACCGAGUCUGGCACCACCACCUUUUCUGUGAAGAAGACUGCCUACUGCUCUAGCCACACACCCGAAGGUUGCGACCGACGGCCUCUCAAUGUCUACGAUGAGCUUCGUCUCAAGAAUGGAGCCUGUUACAAGCGGGCAGAAAAGAGGGGGAAACCGCGCUCCAAAAGCUGGCAGAAGAAAAAGAUGAAAAAAGCAGAGUCAGAACCUGAACUAGAACCUGAAACCCAAACUAACCCUGGGCCCAGCAUCACUGCAUCAAGUUUUGAUGCCAUCUUGAACCAGGUAGCAGUUCAGAGGAAGCGGCAGUUUGUUGAGCGGCUGCUGAGCUACUGGGUGCUGAAGAGGCAGUCGAGGAACAAUGUGCCUCUGAUCCGCCGCCUGCAGGCCAACCCUCAGCCCUCUAAAGCUCAGCAGCAGAAGGAGCGUAUGGAGACAAACCAGGCUCUGAAGGAGCAGCUGAAAGUGUGGCACCGUCUGCGCCAUGACCUGGAGCGAACCCGGCUGCUGCUGGAGCUCAUCAGGAAGCGGGAGAAGGUGAAAAGGGAUGAGAUAAAGCUGCAUCAGUCGGUGCUGGAGCUGCAGCUGACUCCCUUCAACAUCCUGCUGAGAGCCGUGCUCAGUCAGCUGCAGGACAAGGACCAGUACAGCAUUUUUGCACAGCCUGUCUGCAUUAAGGAGGUCCCAGACUAUCUGGAGCACAUCAGGAAGCCCAUGGACUUCUCCACAAUGAGGAAACGAAUCGAUUCUCACAGUUACUGCAGCCUGGAUGAGUUUGAGGACGACUUUAACCUCAUAAUUAGUAACUGCAUGACAUACAAUGCCAAGGAAACGUUCUUCUACAAGGCGGCUCAGAGGAUGCUGGACCAUGGAGGGGUCAUCCUACGGAGAGCUCGCAGAGAGGUGGAUAGGAUCGGCUUUGACUUCCCCAGCUGCCUGCAUUUGCCAGAAGCCCCACAGCUGGAGUCCCCAGCUCCUUUCUCCUGGGAGGAUGUGGACCGGCUGCUGGCACCCUCCUACCGUCAGCACAUGCCGCUGGAGGACCAGCUGAAGGAGCUUCUGGAGAAGCUGGACCUGAGUACGGCCAUGAAGCACAGCCCGUCCCGCACCAAGAGGCUCAAACUCCUCAAGAAGACCAUAAUGGAGGUCCGCAGCCAGAUUGGCUUAAAGAAAGCCCUUUCACAUCCACCACCCCCUGCCCUGGAUCUCCCACAAUGCCCCAGCCAGUGUGAGGAAAAGCUGGGUCCCAUAAGCGGAUUAGUUCCCGUCCUUCCACCAGCCUCGGAGCGGCUCAGCUCCUCAUUUAAACCUGAUGUCUCACCAUGCGGCUCAGUGCCCCCCACUCUGAAGCCUGUUGUCCCCCUGUCAGAGCAGGCUCCCUUGCAGCUUGAUGACAACACCAGCUCCUCUACCUCAAAACCCCCUCAACCCACCAACAGGCCCCUCCCAGACCAGCCACUGCCCAACAGGAACUUUCCCUCUGAAUUAUCAGGUAGCUGCCCCCAGCGCACCAUCUUCCGUAAGUCCAAGAGUGCCAGCCCUCAGAAAGCACCCAUGACCCCAGAGCUGCCUGCUGCAUCGCCACCCCUCCUGGGUGCCAAAACCUUCCUGUCGGUGGUGAUCCCUCGCCUGGAGACCCUGCUGGUCCCCAAGAAAAGGACCCGCAGCAGCAGCACUGAAGACGAGGAGGAAGAAGAGAAGGAGGAGGACGAGACACCCAUCAAACGUCUUGGCACAGGGUUAACCAACGGCUUCUUGGUGGAGGAGAAGCUGGAUUCUGUGUCUCCACGCAUUCUGGAGCCUCGGCGGCGAUGUGCCUCAGAGUCCAGCAUAUCGUCUAGCAACAGCAUCAUCUGUGACUCCAGCACUUUCAUGGUGCCUAAAGGUGUGAAGGGUCGACCUACGGCGGCGAGGCGGAGCACCGUGGACGACCAAAGCUCUCUGAUGAGCUGUGCCGACAACGGACAAUUCACAAAGACUGCCAAGAUUUCUUCAGUCUGUCCCGGGUCUUCACAGAUCGUGAAUCCCAGAGUUCGGAGGACGUCAUGUCAGCACAGCAGGGUGGAGCUUCCCAUUCCACCAUUGGACGUUCUCAGAGCCGGAGAGCAGAUGCAGUUCAGGUCCGCAGAGAAACUCUUCCUCGUCCGCUUCUUCGACAGCAAGCGCAACUGGCAAUGGCUUCCUAGAUCCAAGAUGGCUCCAUUUGGGAUCAGCCAGAGCCUGGACAGAGUGAAGCUGAUGGAAGCUCGUGCUUCCUCCAUCAGGAGAACUGUGCGGCUCGCCUUCGAUCGGGCCAUGAAGCAGCUGAACGCUGUCAGAGGGGAUCUGGAGGUGAAUGGUGACAACAGCGGCCUCGCUGCCACACGCUAAUCCCAGUCCAUCUCAAAAGCUCCACCAACCAUCACUUUUCACCUUCAUGAUCCACGCAGAGAGGACGUUCUGCCUCAUACGCACAACACAAACACUCAUGUUUACCCGUCCUCCUGCCUGGAGUCCCACAAUGACUCACUGUAGUCAAAGCUAUGCAAAGGAAGAGCUCAGCGUUCAGUUGGGAGGGCUGAACCUGAUGAAUGUGUCGGUGCUCGACCUCUGACCUCUUAAAAUGUGCUGCUGUGAGAUCCUCCAUUUGUCAGUGUGUGUAUGAGACAGCAGCAGCUCAUGUAAAUAUCACACACACAGCCUGACACUAAUUUAUUCACUCUUCAGUUUUAUUUGGUACACACUCUGAUUUUUGGACCUUCAAAGGUAGCUGUGACAAGUGGCAGUUGGUGCUGCUGGUGCUGCUGGUGUUACUUGUGCCACCGGUCCUGCUGGUCCUGCUGGUCCUGCUGGUGCUAUCUCCACAAAGAGAACAAACAUGCAUACUGUAUUGUUUUUACUUUUGUUUUAUAACUUAUUGAGAUCUCCUGCAUCAAGUUCUUGUUUCUGGCAUUAAUUCUGUGUGUGUGAAUUUUUUUUUGUAUCCAAAUGUUUUUACUGGACUACUUUACUAUUAUUUUUGUUUGUAGAUAUUUAUAUAAGAUCUAUAUAGAAGCUCCUAAAGUUUUAAAGUGCAUCGUUGACAUGGAAACCAAAAGGAAAGGAGAACCAACUGCUGCCCGUGCUCAUGCUUCACUUUGACGUCUUUUUUUGAGCUUUAACUCAUGUCUCUGAACGUCACAUCAGUGUGUUCUCCAGCUUAGCCCUGAAGCAGAGCAGAGAAUGUGCCUGGACUAAUUUAUUACAGAGCAGAAACCAGAUAUGCAUCACUUUAUAUAGAAGGUGUGGUGAGGAAAUACUACGGGUGCUCAUAUCCUCCCCUUUUUUUUUUUUAGUUCUUGUUUGGACUGAUGGCAUUAAAUGUGUGAGGUGUGAUAUAUGCUGAUGGGUAGCAGAGUGUAGGCUUCCUGUUGGUCCUCCAGCCCUUCUGGCAGUUUGCUGUAAAUAUAUUUGGUACUUUAGUUGAUUCUCUGGGAAGAAAAGAAAAAACACACAGUUCUAGUCAACGGGAACAGAAACCAGCCCAAAGUAGGCUGCUGGAAUUUUAUACUAAAACACUGAAGAAUAAAAUAUCAUAUUGAAAU